UCGAAAUCCAUGUGGCUCGCAAUCGCAUAAACAAAACUGCUCAUUGGCUAAAAUAUCAGUAAAAACCGUCGCUUCAGUGUAGUUUUCAUGGCUAAAUUAAAGAAAAAAUCGAUAAAAGCAAAGCCUAUCAGUAAAGCACGACAAUCUGUACUUGGGUUUCAGAAAGGUAAAACCAAAUCAUCCGCAGCCGUAAAACCGAAGAAUGCAUUCCAUUCUAAAAAGACGGCGUUUAAAACACCCGCAGACAGGGUCGAAGAGAUGGAAGAAACAUAUCGAAGGAAAGUGCUGGCAGAAAUGAAAGAACAUGACAAUGUAAAUCAUUUGUUGCCCAUAAAAGUUAAAGGUAAAGGAUUGAUCAAUCGAUUUGCUCCUAAGCAAUCGAGAACUAAAGUCGAUGCAAGUGCAGCUGAUCCUGCUGACGAUCCAUUGGCAAGUGAUGUUACGUGCCAGAGACCUCUAAACGUACAUGAAACAGUGUCGUUGACUGAUAUUUUGUUAAAACGCGAAGAGGAAAUUAGAGAGAAACAAUUCUACAUAGGAACAGUAUGUGCAGCAUUAUUAGAAAACCCGGAGGCAAGGAUCGAAAAUGUUAGUUCAUUGCUGGACUUAUUGAAUGAACAAACCCGUGAUGGUACUAUCAACUUCUUAGCUGUUCGUAAAACUGCUAUGAUUUCGUUGGUCGAAGUUUUCAAAGAUAUUGUUCCGGAAUAUCGCAUUGGAAUCGUUGAUAAGGAACAACAAAAGUUGAAGAAAGAUACGCUUGCUCGUGUUAAUUUUGAAAAUAAGCUGCUAGCUUAUUAUAAACAAUUGCUGACCCACAUGGAAUCUGUAAUAAGUAAUUACACCAGAAAACUGAAUCGUUCCGAAAAACAAUCGAUAGAAACACGCCAGCUAUUGGAAAUGGCAGUACAAUGCAUGUGCGAUUUGGUACUAACACAUCCGUACUUCAACUAUAGUCCAAAUAUCAUACAAGUACUAGUGUUAAUGUUAAACAACACAAAAGAAACGAUACGUAAAACGGUACACGCCUGUUUCAGUUCUUUGUUCAAAACAGACACACGGUUAGAUUUAACUCAUCAUACUGUGCGUCAUAUAAACAUGCUCAUGAAGAAAAAACAGCGAAAUGUAUUUCCUGAGAUGAUUUCGUGCUUGAAAAACUUACAAAUUAAUCGUAUAAAUAUGAAUGAAGAUGUGUUGCUAGAGCUCAAAAAGCAAAAAUUAGAAAAGCAAAAAUCGUACGUUAUCAAUAUGUCACGUAAAGAACGUAAACGCAAGAAAAAACUUCAGGAGCUUGAAAAAGAUAUUUUUGAAACAAAGGCGGAGGAAAGUAAACAAGUCGUACGCCGCAAGCUAACUGAAAUAUCGAAGCUGACGUUCAUGAUUUACUUCAAAAUUCUUAAAUGUUAUCCGGAUUCGAAAGUGCUGAGUGUGACGCUAGAAGGAUUGUCCAAAUUUGCACAUACCAUGAACAUCGAAUUUUAUGCGGAUUUGGUUGAGCUGUUGAACAACUUGUUGGAAAACGUCGAGUUGGGAUAUAGAGAGCAAUUGCACUGCAUCCAAACGGUGUUUAUCAUUCUAAGUGGACAAGGCGAAGUUCUUAACAUUGACCCAGCAAGAUUCUAUUCGCAUUUUUACAAAAAUUUGCUCUACGUGAAUGCAGGCAAAAACCAUGAAGAUAUGGAGACUAUUCUUAGAACAUUAGACAUCAUUCUGUUCAAACGUCGUCGGAACGUAACGUAUCAUCGUUAUGUCAGCUUUGUAAAACGUCUUUCAACGCUUUGCCUACAAGUGCUUCCCAAUGGGUCUCUUGGUCUUAUAUCGUUAAUUCGAAGCUGCAUCCAUAUGAAUCAAAAGCUAGAUAUUCUGCUCGAUACGGAGACUGUCGUAGGUUCGGGUAAAUUUGAUCCAUUCAACGAAGAACCGGAAUUCGCCAAUGCCAAUUGUACCGCGUUAUAUGAAAGCAGCUGCAUGCUGCGCCAUUAUCAUCCUACUAUUCGCAAAAUGAUAACCAAUGUGUUGAAAAAUUCAGACACCGUGCCGGUUAAUGCUGGCAGAACGCUAACCCCCGGGGAAUUUUACACAGCUUAUAACUGCUCAGAAAUGGUGUUUAAUCCAGCAAUUCCACAUUCAACUAAUGUUAAAUAUGGUAAACAUCAUCGAAACCUAAUUGCUACAACAUUAUCAAACAGGCAAAUGUUAAAGAAUUUACACAAAAUGAAGAACAUACAAAAGAAUGUAAAUUCAAACGAUAGGUCAAAGGAGCUAUAUUACAAUUACUUUGCAGAAUAUGCAAAAAGAUCAAAAGUAUGUUAAAAAUAUUUUUGGACUACGGCACAGCGUUAUUGAGCUACCAGAUUAAAAAUGCAUCUCGGUGGUUUAAAGCAAUCGGCUUUAUAAAACCAUGUUUCGAUCGUUGGUUUAUAUUCAAAAUAUAAAGAAUUCUAUUUCAUUAAAAAACAAAAAUUUGUAUUCAGCCUUUUAUUAUAGUUAUAUGUGCAUGGAAAUGAUUAUUUCGUUGAUUCUGUUUAAAAAUAUGCUUUUUCAAAAUUUAAAUAAAACUUGAUUUUAACAAAGAGUAAGUUUUUUUGUCGUUAAAACGGCCAGGCCGUAUCGGCACUGUAAGUUUUUGUAGGGAUUAAACAAUUAAAUCAAUAAUACAUUAACAUCUGGGAAAAGAUCUUGAGAGCGAAUUCUACUUAUCUACGGGUAAACAGUAAAUCAAACGUUCUAUAGGAACUUGUUACCUUGCCAAUCGUCUGAGCUU